AUGAUGAUGACGAUGAAAUUUGAAGAAAUUGCUUAUAAGAAUUCUACGACGAAUGACUCGGUCAUCAAUCAAAUGGAUCUGCAAUUUUCUGAUUAUCGUCGAUUAUUGUCAUCGUUUGAUGAAGACACCCCAAUCAGCAACGAUUUCCAAGCUUUCACGAGUGUUCUAAUAUGCGCCUUCGGUAUGUUUGCUGGUAUUCUACAAUGGAAUAUUAUCUUUCAACGACACUUUCGAAAUAGUUUGUUUCCUGAAAAGAUUUUUAUCCACCUCUUCUUCGAUUCGUGUCAUCUAACUAAUAUAAUCGCGACUCAUACCGUUAUUCUCUUCGUUUAUACAACACAAACGAAUGAUCUGCCUCCGUAUUGUCCACUUUCAACAUUCUUCUUUUCUUUGGCGUCGUUUGGCUCGGUGAUGUACCUGUCUCGGGGUGCUUUCUGGCGUCAUAUGAAUGUGUAUCACAAAGAAUUCUAUUGUCGAUAUGCGCGCCAUCGGGUUUCAGCACAUCGGAUUAUUCUAAUUGCAUCAACAAGUUGGUUAAUUGUAAAUUUUCCGAAACUCAACUUUAAUGGCAACUCUUAA